AUGCCUAUUCAAGACAAUUUUCAAAUCCCGUCCUCCGCACAGGAGCUGCCUGUCCCUGAUGGCCCAGCGGCGAAGCUGUUCGUCUGCUUCAUCUCUUCUACCGAUCCUGUCACCAAGCAGCCCUGGUGCCCCGAUGUCCGUGCUGCAUUACCGCGGCUGGAUGCAGCAUUUUCUAGCGAAGAUGCGCCAAAUCUAGCUUAUGUGCAUGUUGGGCAAAAGCCGGAAUGGAAGGAAAUGGACAACUUGUACAGGAAGACUUGGGGUGUCAAUGCAAUUCCUGCACUAGUAAGAUAUCAGCGUAUCAAUGGUGUAGUGAAAGAGACAGGUCGUUUGGUGGAGGCAGAGAUCAUGGACGAGGAGAAGGUGCUAAGCCUUGUUAGCGAAAGUGGAUGGUUGUAG